AAUACUUAAUAAUCGAUUUCAAAAAUGGGAAGAACGAAAUCUAACCCAGUUGGUCAAAUGUUCUUUCAAUAUAACAUAAAUACAAAUGAAAGUACCUGUCAAGUUCCAAAUUGUAAGAACCCCGUGAGAACAUGCAACCAUUCUGGAAAUUUGGAAAAUCAUAUAAAAUAUUUUCAUAAAGAGCAGUAUGAUAUUCUUUUAAAAAAAAAGAAAAAAAUAACUUCAUAUCCAACAGAAGAUUGUUCAACAAAUAAGAGACAAAAGAUAGAAAAAACUGGGCCUUUAGAUGAAAUGAUUAUCAUAUCUAAAAAAACAUUAAAAAAUGUUAAUUUAGACAAGAAAACAGUAGUAGAUGCUUGUGUGCAAUUGGUUACUACCAAUGGUCUACCAUUUCAAUUAUUAGAUGAUUCUGGGUUUAGAAUGAUCAUGAAUCCAAUAUUUAAUGCUAUUGGUGAUGGUUCUCGGUAUAAUUUCACUGCUCGCUGUUCUAGUCGUUUCCUUAACAUCAGCGCAUACUAUACAUGAAAAACAUGUCAUUCACGUUCCUCUAUUGGUACACUACGUCCAUCAUCAUCAUCGAAAAAUUAUAAAACCACCCAGACAUAAAAUUAAAAAAGUACAAACCAAAAAAUUUGUACAUCGAUAUCAUACCUACUGGUAUUGAAAAUUGAAUAACAUAUAUUGUAUGAUUAAAAAAAAUACCCAUUAUUUGACUAAAAUUAAAUAUGAUUGUAUUUAACUAUUUUUAUUGAUAAACUAAGUAUAUGCACGUAUAAUACAUAAUGCACAAAAUAUUAUAAUGUAUGCAUGCAUUUAUAUCUAACCUUAGAAUUCAUAAUUUAUAUAAUUAUAGAUCAUUAAAAGUAGAUAUAUCAAAUAUAAUAUUA